AUGUUCUGCUGGUGGACCCAGGUAUCCGUCCAUUCUCAAAGCGAGCAUAUUUCUUUUGUUUCUGCGGGAAACGCUGACUCCAAUACCAACUCUGCUUCAGGAGACAGUUGCAGAAUGGCAGCCUGGAUCGCGUUUCUUUGUUCAAGAUACUUGGGAAAGACACGAACCUCGACCCAGAGGCCUUCGUCCUAA